AUGGUCACGGUCAGAUCAAGGAGAGACAGCACCACACCAAGCCAGAGCUUGCCCGUGGCUCCUAUUGCAAUGCUCAGAAGGAGAAGGCUCCCUCAGCGUAACUGGCAGGGCUCUGCCAAGGGGGAAGAAGUACAGGAGAUUCCAUUCGAUCCGAGAUCUCCACGGACAGGAGGGUCCCCUGGAAGCAUGGACCUCGGUGAAACAUGGCCCCUGGAGGAAGGAACCUGGUUGUCUCAUGCUGGAAUUCAUCACUUUGCCAACACCAGAGGGGACAGUGAGUUUGUGGAAGCCUCUCCUGCGCCCUACAGCCCGGAGGAGUUAGGUCCCCCUCCUGUUUGUUACAGCCCCGGUAGUCCCGCCCCGAUUCUGGAAGACCCCAACUACUUUUUCCCCGACUUCCAGCUCUAUUCUGGGAGGCGUGAACCAUCUGCUUUGACAGUGGAGGCAAACGGUAGUAGCAUCAGGGAAAAAGUUGUUGAGGAACCCCUGUGUCACUUCCAGCCCCCAAGCCUCCUGCGGACGUCAGAGGUGGAGAUGAGAGGUUCCGAGGAUGCGGCCGCUGGGACAGUGUUACAGCGGCUGAUCCAGGAACAACUGCGGUAUGGCACCCCGACCGAGAACAUGAACUUGCUGGCCAUUCAGCACCAGGCCACAGGGAGCGCAGGACCCGCCCACCCCACGAACAGCUUUUCUUCCACGGAAAACCUCGCUCCAGAAGACCCACCAAUGGUCUACCAGGCGGCGCGCCAGGAGCCGCAGGGUCAGGAACACCAGGUGGACAACACGGCGAUGGAGAAGCAGGUGCGGCCCCCGCAGCCUCAGCAGAACAACGAGGAGCUGCCCACGUACGAGGAGGCCAAGGCGCAGUCCCAGUUCUUUCGGGGGCAGCAGCCACCGCCGCCACCGCCGCCGCAGGGGACUGUCGGGCACGGUUACUACAUGGCCGGGGCUGGCGGUCAGAAGGCCCGGACCGAGGGCAGGCCCACGGUGAGCCGCGCCAGCAGCGGGCAGGCGCACAAGGACGAGGCGCUAAAAGAGCUCAAGCAGGGCCACGUGCGCUCUCUCAGCGAGAGGAUCAUGCAGCUGUCGUUGGAGAGGAACGGUGCUAAGCAGCACCUCCCUGGCUCUGGCAACGGAAAGGGGUUCAAGGCGGGAGGGGGACCCUCCCCCGCCCAGCCCACAGGGAAAGUGCUGGACCCCCGGGGUCCUCCGCCCGAGUACCCCUUCAAGACCAAGCAGAUGGUGUCCCCCGUCAGCAAGAGCCAGGAGCACGGACUCUUCUACAGCGACCAGCACCCAGCGAUGCUGCACGAAAUGGUCAAGCCGUACCCCGCCCCUCAGCCCGCGAGAACGGAAGUGGCCGUCCUGCGGUACCAGCCGCCCCCAGAGUAUGGGGUGACCAGCCGCCCCUGCCAGCUCCCUUUCCCGUCAACGGUGCAGCAGCAUAGCCCGAUGUCCUCCCAGAACCCCCCGGUCAGCGGGCCGCUGCACUCCGUGUCCUUGCCGCUGCCACUCCCCAUGACCCUGGCAGGCCCGCAGCCCCCGCCAGCCGCCUCACCCAGCCAGCAGCUCGGGCCUGAUGCCUUUGCCAUCGUGGAGCGAGCCCAGCAGAUGGUGGAGAUACUCACUGAGGAGAACCGGGUGCUUCACCAGGAACUUCAGGGUUACUAUGACAAUGCCGACAAGCUCCACAAGUUUGAAAAAGAACUUCAGAGAAUUUCAGAAGCCUAUGAGAGCCUGGUCAAGUCCACUACCAAGCGGGAAUCACUGGACAAGGCGAUGAGAAACAAACUGGAAGGGGAGAUCCGGAGGCUUCAUGACUUCAACAGAGACCUCCGAGAUCGCCUGGAGACGGCCAACAGGCAGCUGUCCAGCAGGGAAUAUGACGGGCACGAAGACAGAGCUGCAGAGGGGCUCUACGCUUCCCAGAACAAAGAAUUCUUGAAGGAGAAGGAGAAGUUGGAAAUGGAAUUAGUGGCAGUGAGGACCGCAAGUGAGGACCACCGGAGACACAUUGAGAUCCUGGACCAGGCUCUGAGCAACGCCCAGGCCAGGGUCAUCAAGCUGGAGGAGGAGUUACGAGAGAAGCAAGCCUAUGUGGAGAAGGUGGAGAAGCUCCAGCAGGCCCUGAGCCAGCUGCAGUCUGCAUGUGAGAAGCGAGAGCAAAUGGAGCGGAGACUGCGGACCUGGCUGGAGAGAGAGCUGGAUGCGCUGAGGACCCAGCAGAAACAUGGAAACGGCCAGCCGCCCGGCAUGCCGGAGUAUAAUGCCCCAGCCCUCAUGGAACUCGUGAGGGAGAAGGAGGAGCGCAUCCUGGCCCUGGAGGCUGACAUGACCAAAUGGGAGCAGAAGUACCUGGAGGAGAGUACCAUCCGGCACUUUGCCAUGAACGCUGCGGCCACUGCGGCGGCUGAGAGGGACACCACGAUCAUCAACCACUCGAGGAAUGGCAGCUACGGAGAGAGCUCGCUCGAGGCCCACAUCUGGCAGGACGAGGAGGAGGUGGCACAGGCCACCAGGAGGUGUCAGGACAUGGAGUACACUAUUAAGAAUCUCCAUGCCAAAAUCAUAGAGAAGGAUGCCAUGAUUAAGGUCCUUCAGCAGCGGUCCCGUAAAGACGCCGGGAAGACAGACUCCUCCAGCCUGCGUCCCGCCCGCUCUGUCCCGUCCAUUGCUGCGGCCACGGGGACCCACUCCCGCCAGACCUCGCUUACCAGCAGCCAGCUGGCCGAGGAGAAGAAGGAGGAGAAGCCCUGGAAGGGGAGCAUAGGGUUGCUGCUAGGGAAGGACCACCAUGAACACGCUUCCCCCGCCCUGGCCAGCAGUGCCCACGCGAAGACGGGCAGCAAGGACAGCAGCACCCAGACCGACAAGAGCACUGAGCUCUUCUGGCCCAGCAUGGCCUCCCUGCCCACCCGUGGCCGGCUGAGCGUGACCCCUUCCAACAGCCCCAUCCUGAAACACCCGGGGGCCAAAGGGACUGCGGAGAAACCGGAGAACCCUCUGGGCCACGGGAAGUCCCCUGACCACAAAGGCCGCGUCAGCAGCUUGCUCCACAAGCCCGAGUUCCCUGACGGGGAGAUGAUGGAGGUUCUCAUCUAACGUCGGCGUCCUGCUCCUUCUUGGAGGGGCUCUUGACAAAUGAGGAGCGCGGCCGAGAGGCAGAAGAAAGAUUGAGAAAGUCGUGGAUGGAAAAUCAGGAAGGAUGUGAACUGAUGAAGAUCUUAAAUUAGUAAGAACGCUUUUUAUAAACGUUUAAAAAGAAAAUCAGGAGACCUACAUGACUAAAGACGAGAAUGCUAUGGAUUCGUGUCACUUGCGGUGGAGAAGACGCAUGUAGGUUUGGAAACCAAGACGUCGCAGGAAGUGUGAUUCUCACUGUGUAGAAAAUGUAUCUCUCGGGGAGGGUCUGUGUACACCUGCCCUCUGGCUAUAAACACAUAAACCUGAACGUGGAUCUUCCUUGAAAUACCCGCCGCCCCCCCUUCUCCUUGCCUCUUAGCAUGUUUGUUUUUGGGAUUAUUAUUAUUUUUU